AUGAAGAAGUACAAUUGGGCCAAAGGAGUUAGGGAUUACUUACUAUCGUGCUUGACUACUUCAGAGGAUGGGAGGGCUCACACUAGUAGUGGAUGUUACUGGAUUUGCGAAAGAAGCACCAUGCUUUGUGAAAUUGAUGGGAGAUGUGGGAUGACUUCGUGCUGUGUAAAGUGGAGUCUCCCUGCUUUCACAACGGUGUUUAAAAAAAUGCAAGUCCAUCAAAUUGAUGUUGAUAAUGUAGUUGGUGACGAUGACUUUGAGAACCCUCCACCGAAGAAUGGUGCUACUACGCAUGAUGAGGUGGGAAAGAAGAAAGCAGCGAGGAAGAACUUGAAGAAGGGUGCUACUGCACAAGUUGAAGAGGGUGUUUUUGUGGUGGCUGAGAAGGGUGGUCCUGCAGAAUCAGAAGAAGCUGCUCCUAUAGUGACUAAGAAGGGUGCUACUGCACAAGCCGAAGAGGGUGCUUCUAUGGUGGCUGAGAAAGGUGAUCCUACAGAAUCUGAAGAGGAUGCUCAUGUGGUGUCUGAGAAGGGAGAUGGUGCGCAAACCAAAGAGGGUGCUAGUGUACAACUUGAAGAAGGUGCUACUGCACAAGCCGAAAAGGGUACUCCUGUGGUGGCUAAGAAGGGUGCUAUUGCACAAGCCGUAGAGGGUUCUAGUGGACAAGCCGAAGAGGGUGCUACUUCAGAAGCCGAAGAGGAUACUCGUGAAGGCCUUGAAUCAUUCGACAUGACAUUACAUAGUUGGCUGGAAGGGAAUGAAAAAGCUGCUGUUGUGGACGAUGAAGGUGAAACAUAUGAAGAAGCAACAGCAAACACAGAAGAGAUUUUGAAGAAGUUUUUCAAUAAAGAUAAGGAUGCGGAUCAAGGAGGAGGACAUGAAGAGUUUGCAAGUGAGAAAAUGUAUGAUCCGGAGGACUUCAGGUUGUAUGAAGAGUUUGUUGAAAAGGAGUUUAGGGAAUUUCCAAAAGCAACUAGUGAUGAGGAGUUGGAAUACUGGCAAGGUUUGGCCAAAGUAAGGGGAGAAAUGGUGGCGAGUGCAAUCUAUAGCUACAAAUCAAAGAAUGACUCCUAUGUGAUGCUUUGGGAUGAAAGAGAAGAAUUGAAGAGAAAUAACAAAAAGUUGAAGAAAAAACUGGAGCAGAAAAAUGAUUACAUAAAAAAGUUGGAAUACAAGUAUAAAUUGUUGUUGCUAGGACAAAAGGGAGAAACGAGUGAGGUUGGUGUUACAACUCAGAUUGAAGGAGGUUCAGAUGGAAAUGAUGUAGAAGGUUUAGGAGCGGAAAAGGUUGCUACUGCAGAGGGAGAAGAAGGUUUAGCUGAAAAUGUUGCUACUGUAGGGGAAGAAGAAGGUUUAGCUAGAAAUGUAGAAGGUGCAGGGGAAGAAGGUUGUUCAGAUGUAGGAGGUGCAGCUGAAAGAGAAGGACCGAGGACACGUUCAGUUGUAAGAAGGAUCAAAGCAAGAACCGACCGGAAAGAGAAGAAGAUGGAAGAUUUUGAGGUCCAGAUUCCCUUAAAGAGACAAAGGAAGAAGCGUGAUUGA